UGUGUUACAGAAGAUUACAGAACUAUUUUGUAGAUCGAAUGUGUUAUUUAACAUUGAACUUUUAUAUGAUAUAUUAGCCUACCACAAACUUGAAUAUGUAUUCCAGAAAAUUGAAUUAGAAGUUAGAGUUAAAAAUACAGGUUAAAAGCACUAGAGAGAAAAAUAGAUUUGUUUGAUAUUCCCUUAAAUUUUGAGAGGCGCGGUGUCGGUAGCGUCAUCAUCGAAUUGUGUUGGUGCGCAUUAGUUCUGUAUGCGAGGUGUACACUGAUAGUCCGUAUUGAAAGAAGACGACAAACAUUUAAAGUUGACAAUGGGCAGCGAGUGAAUGUGAAAGUCCAAACUUACCCAGAGACUCAGGGCGUCAACGGGAUUUCUGCCCUCAAGAGGCUCUGCAGAUGGAGUCAGGCUCAGGUGAUCAGGGGGCCCAGGGCCCUCAGGGGCCGGCCAGGACCGGGCAGCAUGUCACUGAGGACAAGGAGCACCUGGUUGAGACCUCCACCACAGACGAUGUUUUGAUCAAGAGACCAAGGACCCGAGGAGAGCUCCCUGUGAAUCCAGACACAUCAGCACAAGGAGAGACUCCCGGGAAGACUGGAAAUGAGAAGACGAAAAGAAGGAGAAACAACAGGAGAAGAAAGAGAGUAGGAGGAGUCCACAGCAGCGUGGUCCCAGCUCAAAUCACCGUGGAAACGGGAGAGAUGAACGAUCGAGGGACAUCAACCAAUCAAGACCAGGAAACGAUGGACCUGCAGACACAAAGCCAACAAGAACACAACCAGGCUGCUACCAGUCUGCCUCGGCCCCGAAGCGACCCCAGCCACCUUCAGACAACUGAGACGAAACAAGCAAGCCCCAGAAAAGUGCAGAAGGUGCAAGUUCAAACCCAGACAAAGAAGACUAAACGCAGGAGCAGGCAAACCCAGACCCCCGUCGUUACUCAGAACACACAGCAGACACAGACGGACUCUUGUGAAACCGGCCAAUCACAACCGGGCGGCCCCUCUGACACGACCCCAGACCAAGACGACGGCACUGACCCUAGCCAGCCAAAGCAAAACAACGGCAAUGACUCCACUCUGACGAAACAAGAUGGCCACCCUGACGCUAACACUCAGCCAGCAGGUGCACCGACGGCUGGCGAAGCCAGAGGCGACAGUGAAGGAGCAGUGGCAGAACCGCCCACAAGUCAGAAUCCAGACAAGCAGGAAAAGAAGGACCCGCCUUCCGUAGAAGGCCGAGACGCUGCCCGGAACCAAGAGGGAAAGAAACCCAUGUCCUAUGCUUCGGCCUUAACGGGAAAGAAUGCCGAGAGUGAGAAGACAUCGAAGACUGAGUCUUCCAAGGAUGGGGAUCAACACAGAACGACAUCCCAGAGCAGAGGAGGCCGGGAGUGUUCCCCAGUGAGGAGUCCACCUGGGGUCCCCAUGUUCACCUUCUAUGCCUACGCUGUGCUGGACAAAAGGUUCAAGUUCAAUCAAGAACAUGACAAGCUGUGGCUAUGGAUUGAGAAUGAACAUUUACAGCUGGAAAUUAUUACUUUUGUAGGCUUGCAUGACCAGUCAGGCUAUCUAUUGGAAACAAGACUUUCUAUUCAGGAAAGCUUAAUAACCAGAGGACAAUCUUUGACUUAUCAAUAUUACAUGCAGCAACGACAGAAAGAGAUUUUCGAGUUAGCUACCAGACAAAUUCAGAUUCCAUUUGAUCCACUAAUAAAUGAAUUGCACCUUUAUGAAGGUCAUAUUAAUCGCAUGGAAUCAUGGUCUUUACGAGGGUUUUGGGAAAGCUGGACAAAACCGAAACAGCAGCAAAUCUCUGAUGCCUGGCUGAAGACUGCUGGUGUGCUACUGGACAAAACAUUCGACAAAUGGGAUCCCUUCUGCAAGGGCAGCACUGAGACCUUGGCUCAGAACUUGGCAAAUUUUCAGAAAACUUUAAACCCAAUGCAUCCAAGAGUGUUUUAUCCAGAUAAUACAAACCCUCCAUAUGUGAAGGUGUCAGAGCUGAUCUCAGAGCGUUUGUUGCAGCUCUUGAUGGGAGCAUCCCAUCCAGCAAAGAGCUGGAUCGCUAGAAACCCUCUUGUACUUGGCUUGUCUGUAUUCAUGCUCUCCAGGAAAUGUGACAUAAACCUUGGAGUGAAAGGUUGGGCAGAGCUUAGCUGUUUGGUGUCCUCAGGUAAUGCGUUGGACAACAAAAACAUCGAAGGCUUGCACCAUGUCUUCACAGCCCCACAACAUACUGUGCUGGGUCUGAUGAACUACUGUGCACAGCAGACGGUAUCAGAGCUGCCUCUUCUGGUUCCUCUACUGCACACGCUCAGACAGGCUGGUGCAGAUGCCGACAGACUUGCUCCUACUGUAGAGGAGCAGAACUGGUCAGGACUGGAUCGGGUUCCGUUCAGCACGUUCAGGGAAAGGGUGCGCGGUUUUCCUGACAAAAGAAGAAUGAUGAUGACUUUGAUCCAGAGUCACAUCUCUCUGGCUAAAGAGAUGCCUCUGGUCUUGGUGAGCUGGCUGUCUAUGGUGGCUCUUGAGGACGUUAAAGAAUUCUCCAUAUCGACAGGAACCUCUCCAGAGAACCUGAUCCAGACCCUGAUGUACAGGCUUCGCAAGUAUGAUGAGGACACAGACCAGAACAAAUCACAACAGAAUGUGGAGGCCAUUGAGAAGAUCCUGAGGCAUAUUCUGGAGAAAGUUGAGAAAGACAAGAAGAGAUUACUGGAUUCUGGAUGUGUUCAGCCCAUCCUACUGUGUUGCCUUAAUGUUCUGAAGAGCACUUGUCGAAUGGUGCGACUGGUGCAGUUUUACCGCACAGCUGUGCUGUCCUACCAGCUUUUCCUGAAAGUGGCCGAAAUUCAUGAUGCUCUUGCAAAAAAGGUACAGGAUACGGAGGAGGACAGGCCUGAGCGGACCAAGCUGGGGAAGGUGCAGCAACAUGUUAGCCAGUUCAGAGAUGGACUUCUUUACCAUCCCCUGCUGAAGCAGUCCAAAACACUCUCCUACCCCAAAGAAAUUGAGAUGUGGGAUGCAUUGUUGCGGGUGGAGUGCUCUGUACCGGGCGUGUCCGCUCAGUGGGAGUCCUGCAUAGAGAAGGACCUGAAGAAGAGGAUCUCCAUGUCCAGCGAUGUGGACCAAGUGGUGGUGAGCUGCCUUCCGACAUCAGCAGAGACCUUAAACAAGAGCCAUGAGCUCAUCCAGACAUGCUUCCAGGAGCUGUGUCACACUGCCAUCAAGAACAUCUGCCAGGCUGGUAAAGAGGGAGACCUGAUGCAGACGUUGUUCGGCCUGUCACACAAGCUUCCCUCCAAAGUCCUGUCCUCCAUCGUGGUUGAGUCCGCAGCACGAUUUGAACAAAGUACCGUGGAACAGUUGCUGAACCCUCAGUCUACUGUCAACCACCUUCUUUCACAAGGUGACUGGAAGGACAUCCAGGUGGAUGAAGAAGCUGGUAAGGUGAUUGCUGUCUGUCAGGGGGACCUGGGGACCCUGGUGGAAGCUCUAUGUCAGGGAGAUGUACCCCUUCAACACCUGCAAACUGUACUAAAGCACAGACAACAGUUUAUAAAGAUCUUUCUCCAGUAUAAGAUAAACACCAAGGUAGAGGGGCUUCCUGUGAAGGCAGAGGGACUGUUGGCCCAGAGAGAAAAAGACUUCAAGAAAUUCAUGGAGCAAAGAAACCACAUGGACACUCUUAUCAAGAUGAUGAAGAAGGUGUCAGAGAGCAUAACAGUUCCUGAGAUCUCCACACUUGAGGAGCAACACAGAGCAGAUCUCCAGUCAGUGAGCUUGGAUAAGCUAGUGUCAGUCCAAGCCUACGGUGUGGAAGAGGCACCAGGAACCUUGGACCUGGUUCUUUGGUACAGUGCUAGCUUGGAGGUUCUGGACAUGGCCAGAGAGAUGCAUGAGGUCCGUGACAGCAACCUGCUGCUGUCUUCCUGGGUGGGCGGGGCUGCGGAAUGGGCCUCGGCACAAGGCAGCAUCUCCACACCUGUGUCGGCGACCCUCGCGCAAGUCUGCCGUGCGAUCUGGAGCCCUCGACUGACGAAAUUCUGUCAGCUAGGCUUCAGGAUAGCUUCUGCAUCGGUCACGUUUGAGGAGCUAGACCAGGCCCUGAAUACCAUGGGGGACCAGGGAGAAGGGGUGCAGAUGAAGAGGGAGUUGCGCCUGAUGUCUGCCAGGCUUGAUGGGUAUCAGCAGUUAGAGGACGGCUGGGUGGAGACCAGGCUCCAUCAGAUCCAGGAGUACCGGCAGCUCCACCAUGCUGCAGCCUCGGCCAGCGCAGUUCUCAAGAUAGUCAAUCAAUUGCAGCUGAAGGGAGACUUCAGUGAGAUUCACUGCCUCACACAACUGAAGCAACAAUCAUUCAAGCAGAGGGUCUUGGGGUCACUCACUAAAGACCUCGACCGUGCAAAGCGGCAGCUGUCCACAGUUACACCUCGACACACAGAAUGCCUGGAGGUGUUUCUAGAAUGCCACACGCUAGUCAGCUGGGUGAAGGACAAGAAUAUAAGAGAUGUGAAGGUCUUUGUGGACUUGGCCUUCAUCUCAGCUGGGGAGAACGACGCAGACAUAGAUAGAGUGGCCUGCUUCCAUGCUGCGGUGAUGGGAUUCAGUCCUUUACUAUAUUCCCUCUCCUCCACUGCCGACUUCAAAGAAUUCAUGACCUGUGCCGGGCAGGUGUGGGACACCCUACGCAGGGAUGAGACACUGCCAGACAAACUGAGGGACUCCACUCGUUGCCUGGAUUGGCUGAAAGAGUUGAGCCAGACCCACGGUUCAGUGGAGCAAUCGUCUCUCGCCCUGGCUACGGCGAUCAAUGCCCAGGGGGUGUACCACAUAAGCUGGUCAGAGAAACCCACAGAGAAGAGAUGUCUGCAGAGCUUUCUCUGGGUCAGAGUAAAGAAGGAUAAUGCUUAUAAAGAUCACAGCUUGGAGGAGUUACUGGAACUGCAGAACAAGCUAAUGCUCCUGUCUUCCAAAGGAGAGCAUGGCAAGGAACAAGUCAACAGGUUCACCCAGGUGUUUGAGGGUGUCCAGAGACUGAGUUCCAUCCUCCUCCAAAUGCAGUCUUCGGGCAACAUGCUUUUUCGCGAGUGGCGUGCAGAGAUCCAGUGUAGCGAACAGAUCCAGCCGUGCAUCCGAGUGAGCUUCUCGUCCUUGCAGGGUAAAGAAAUGGUGUACCACGGAGAGGUGACAGAGCAGCUGCAGGGGCUGUGUCGCUCCAUGGAGAUCUGCCAUAAGGAGUGGUGUGCUUUCCUCAGAGAGAGGCGCUCCGAGUUCCACUCCCUGAACCACUACACCUCAGAACAGGUGCUCUACCUGUGCCAAUGGAUCUACAAGAUAUGCACUCGACAGGUCUCAGUUCCUCAGCAGGUGUGGCACCUGUUGUCUCCCAUCAAACCUGCGUGCACCCUGAAGGAUCUCAGGGAGGCGGUGGCCCAAGAGACCAACUUAUUUUCUAAAGCCCUCACUCCGGCAGAUUGGGAAGAUGAACACUACGAGGAGCCUGAUGACGAGGAUGAAGUUACGGAGAUGAUCGAAUUCUCCUCAGACAGUGAAGAAGAUGGGAUGGAUCGUCAUGGCGUUGACCUCUCACCUGUGACACACAGGGAGCGCACGGAUGAGGAUGUGCAGGAUAGUGUGGAGGCUCUCUGGAGAUGCUUUAAAGACGACAUGCCAAGAUUCCUCAAAGAACUUCUGGACAUUUCCACCCUGGCACGUGUCCUCUCGUGCCUCUCAGACAUGAACCAGCAGCACAUCAAACGGAAGCUGCCGCUUGCACUUCAGGAAGGGAAGCCCAACCUGGUUCUCUGUCCAGUUGCAGAGGCUUUAAGUACCACUUUAUCAUUUUACUUAGAGAGCCCGGAGAAGCCAAUGCCCUCUACUGAUGAGGUGCUGGUUUGCCAAAACGAGACCACAGAGGAGCAGGUGGAGAUCUUCCUCCGUCGGGCCCUGGGACAAGGUGUCACAUGCAACCAGCAGAGGAUCUACACGCUUGUGAACCCGGGGCUGCUGGGCUAUGAUGUCAGUGUGGCUCUAGGGGAGCAUUUUGAGACCCUGGAAAGAAGCGCUGGAGCUCAUUACCGCCUGGUGAUAGUCAGCCCAGUGAUGCACCAGCACACUUACGUCCCAUCAUUCUUCAGCAACCACAAAGUGCAGGCAGGAGUUGUCUUAACCACAGAAGAUGCCAAAAGAUAUCUUCAUCACCACUUUACUGUUCAGGUGCGGCACAGCUCUGCUCCACUUGCGUAUCCAGGCAACCUGUCCGUCUGGGUGGUGUCAUCUACCCGCCCCUCAGUUGGAAAAUCCCUUUAUGUUGAGCGUCUUUUUGAGAAAUUCAGGCAGAGAUCUACAAACGCCCGGCACAUUAGAAUCCGUCUGAUAGAGCCGCAGAUCGACCUGGACUCUUUCCUGAAAACCCUGUCAGAGAGACUGGCUCCUCUGAGAGAACAGGACCCUGUCUUGCUACACAUUGAUACAGCUGCAGUUAGCUCUGGACUUGAGGAAUUCCUCUUUGCUCUCUUGGUGCUGGGCUGUUUGCAUGAUAGCCAGGGAAUGUUGUGGAGGAGAAAUUCAGCACACCUCAUUGUUGUUGAGACUUUGAGACCAACUCUUCAUACUCAAUCACAAAAAAAUGAGAUGAGAAUCGGACUUCUUGACAUUUUACCCACCAUUCAAUGCAGACCACCACUGGAGGUGAAAACCCUGUUGCUUUCUAAACGUGGCAACACGAGAACACACGAACCAUUGAUGGAUGAGCAGGAAUUUGCCAGUGAAGCAAUUCAGAGACCCUACCAAUUCCUAAAGCGCUACAACAGGAAUGAGAACCUUGAUCAUUUUAAGUAUCCUGAAGGAUCCAGAGAGGGAGAUCCAAUUGACUGUCUGCAUCACCUUUUGGCAAACUGUGCAAUGAAAGAUCCCUCUUGGGCUGAAUUGAAGAACUUCACCUGGUUCCUCAACCUGCAGCUGAAAAACUGCGAAGAUUCAAUAUUCUGUGACCCUGACUUCCUUGCUGAUCAUCUACCAGGUUUCAAGAACUUCAUCGUCAAGUUCAUGAUUGAAAUGGCUCGAGAUUUCUCCUCCCCGUCUUUGAACACCUCUGACCAAAGCCCUUCUCCUUUUUUCGAGAGCAACCCAGAAGAUGAGCUUCUGUCCCGUCUGACGAUUCGGAAACGCUGGGAACAUCAGUCUCACCCAUACAUUUUCUUCAACGCCGACAGAUUCUCAAUGUCUUUCCUUGGCUUUCAUGUGCAAAAGAGUCCCAGCGGAAACACUUUCAAUGCAGUUGAUCCCCAAAGCCACCGGGUGCUAAUGGGAGAUGUGAUGACAUCCAAACUGUUUGAGGGCCUUCAACAGCAGAAAAUCUCCCUCACAGAGGAGUUCGACAGUUUGGCGCGAACAGAGAAGAUCAAGAGAAUUUCUCGUGUUGUUGGUGCCCAGAAGGGAAUCAUGGGGGAAUUUGACCCAGACCCAACUUAUGAGCUUACUGCUGAUAACGUGAUGAAGAUGUUAGCCAUUCAAAUGAGAUUCCGUUGUGGUAUUCCAGUCAUCAUCAUGGGUGAAACUGGCUGUGGAAAAACCAGAUUGGUCCGCUUCCUCUGUGAUCUGCAGAGAGAGGGAAGAAAUGUGGAAAACUUGAAACUGAUCAAAGUUCAUGGAGGAACCACAGCCGAGAUGAUCUACAGAAAGGUGAGGGAAGCAGAGAGACAAGCUCAAAAGAACCACACAACCCACAAACUGGACACGAUUCUGUUCUUUGAUGAGGCCAACACUACAGAAUCGAUCUUUGCGAUCAAAGAAGUCUUGUGUGACAGGACUGUGGAAGGACAUCCUUUGAAGACAGACACUGGCUUGAAAAUAAUCGCCGCCUGCAAUCCUUAUCGGAGACAUACCCCUGAAAUGGUAGAACGUUUGGAACGCGCUGGGUUAGGAUACAGAGUGAAAGCAGAGGAAACACAGGACCGUCUUGGCAAAGUCCCUUUGAGGCAGCUUGUUUACAGAGUUCAUCCGCUGCCUCCUAGCAUGGUUCCAUUAGUCUGGGACUUUGGCCAGCUGAGCGAUGCAACCGAGUUUUCCUACAUUAGACAGAUUGUCUGGAAGAAGGUAAAGGAUCAUCGUUUACCUGAUGAAUGCGUCAGAGGAAUAUCAAUGGUUCUUGCCACCUCUCAGUCAUACAUGCGCAGCAGAAAGAACGAGUGCAGUUUUGUCAGCCUCCGAGAUGUGGAGAGGUCCAUGAAGGUGCUGGUGUGGUUUUACCUCCUCAGUGAACACAUUUUCUCAGAUUUCCGUGAACUCUGCAGUGUUCAGAAGACGUGGAAGUGUUUGGCACUGGCAGUAGGUGUGUGCUACUACCCAUCUCUUUCUUCAAAGGAUGACUAUCUGUCAGCGAUCAGCAAACACUUUCCAAGAACACUUAAUUCGGCGAAAUCACUGCAACUUGAGAUUUCCUCAUGCCAAGACUUGUUCCUCAAGAACAUCGAGACGAGAGAGACUGUGGCUAAGAACAUAGCCCUGAAAGAGAAUGUGUUCCUAAUGGUGGUCUGCAUUGAACUCAAGAUUCCUCUCUUCCUGGUUGGCAAGCCAGGAAGCUCCAAAUCCCUUGCUAAGACAGUGGUAGACGAAGCCAUGAAGGGCCAUAGAUCGAACUGCAAGCUCUUCCAGAAGCUCAAGCAGGUUCACAUGGUCUCCUUUCAGUGCAGUCCUCACUCCAGCCCCGAAGGGAUCAUUGGAACUUUUCAGAAUUGUGCUCGUUUCCAGAAGGACCAGAACAUGGACGAGUAUGUGUCAGUGGUGGUUCUUGAUGAGAUUGGACUUGCGGAGGACUCACCGCAGAUGCCACUGAAGACCCUUCAUCCACUCUUGGAAGAUGGCUGCAUUGACAAUGAAAGGCCUGACCCACACAUGAAAGUUGGAUUUGUUGGGAUCUCAAAUUGGGCCUUGGACCCAGCAAAGAUGAACAGGGGCAUUUUCCUGUCCCGAUGGGAUCCCAGUGAAAACGAGCUGGUGAAAACUGCAAAAGGGAUCUGCUCAUCUUCCUCACACAUUCUUCUAAAAAUCAAACAUCUCUUCCCUCAACUGGCCAAGGACUUCUUGAAGAUUUGUGAUCACACAAAGAAAAAUCAGUUCUUUGGCCUCCGUGAUUACUACAGUCUGGUGAAAAUGCUUUUUGCCACGGUAAAAUGUACGGGACAAGAGCCAAAUGACAGCCAGCUGGCAGAAGCCAUCUUGCGCAAUUUCAGUGGACAGCCCGAAGGUUUUGAUCCACUCAUUUUCUUCAAAGAUAUCUUUCAGAACCACAGAGAUGUACCCAUGCCAAGCACUCUGCAGAUGGUAGAACAGAAUCUCGACUGUGGCAAUAAUCAAGAGAGUCGGUACCUUCUUUUACUGACCACUAACAAUGCAGCCCUACAUAUUCUGCAGCAACGAGUCUUUUCCAAAGGAGACUAUGCAUCCCCUGAGAUUGUGUUUGGCUCCGGCUUUCCCAAGGACCAGGAGUAUGCUCAGAUCUGCCGAAAUGUCAACCGGGUGAAAAGCUGCAUGGAGACAGGUCGCACUGUAAUCCUUCUGAACAUGCAAAAUCUUUACGAGAGCCUCUACGAUGCUUUGAAUCAGUACUACGUUUACUACAGUGGACAGCAGUAUGUGGAUCUGGGCCUGGGUUCCCACAGGGUGAAGUGUCGGGUCCACAAGGACUUCAGGCUGGUGGUCAUAGAGGACCAAAAAAAGGUUUAUGAGCAGUUCCCUGUGCCCCUCAUCAACAGGCUGGAGAAGCACAGAGUUGACCGGAGCACAGACCUGACCCCCUGGCAGUGCAGGGUCCUGGACAAACUCAAACAGUGGAUGCAAGAAUUCUCAGGUGGGGAUUCUGAGAAUUUCCAGCUUUCUGACGUGUUCAUUGGCUUCCAUGGGGAUGCCUGUGCAAGUGCACUCCUGCAAGCUCUAGAGCGGAGGGAGCAACAAGGGGAAGAUGGAGAUGUACAUCCGCAUCUAGAGGAUUCCGAAACUGAUCCCUUGGAAGAGGUUGAAGCUAAUGAAGUUGCCAACAGACGUCAACAGGAUGUAAACGGUGAUCAUGAGAAGCAGAGGGAUGUGUUGGCGGACAAGAUUGAGGAGAUGGACAUGUUAGAUGAUGACGAUCCAGAGCAACAAACAUGCACAGACAGAGAAGGGGAUGAAGUAGGCAUGGAAAUAGAUUUGAAUGAAGAUGAACUUGAGAUUGAAAACCCUAUUAAGUAUACUGACCAGGAAGACGAGCUCUUUGAAUCAGCCAAGGGUUUUGUGUUGAAUUGUGCCACACCAGACUCAGUGCUGAGGCUUAAGUACUCAGACUUAGGCAAUCAGGAGAAAGAGAGACUUCAGAAAAUGUACUUCCACCACCAGCAGCAUCGCUCUCUCAGAGAUUUCAUGGUGGUCUUCUUGAGUCAAAUGAACGAUUCCAGCAGGUUUGUAGAGGUCACUACAUUCUCCAGCUUGCUAACCAAAUCGGAUGUGAGAGGGUUGGCUAGUGCUCUGGGUUUGGACAACCAGAGACUUCUCCUUCUUUCUCUUCACCAAUUUGACACAGAACUAUCCUUCAGCAGCAAGAUUGGGGGUUUCCUACGAGAUGCUGGCCACAUUCUUUUUGUUCAAAUGGACAUAGAGGAAUCCCACUGCAGUGGAGAACUCAUAGCAUCAGCAAAGUACUGCACCAUGAAUUACUUGAUCGCUGCCAAAUCAGAUCAGAACUGUGUUGUGGUUUUCAUCACCAAGCUGUCCCGGAUUCCAAGGCGAUCUAAGUACAUUGGUUUCCAAGGAGGAGUUUGGCACUCUGUGCAUAUUGAUGACCUCCGGGACACGGACGACAUGAGCCUGAACCUUUCCCUUUUCUGUGGAACGUCUAUCAGCAAACUUCUGACUGCAGUAGAUGACUGUGAGAACGUCCAAAAGGUAAACGUACAGGCAGAGACUGCAUACCUUCAUGGUCUAUCCCUGGUGAGGUCCUGCGUCCAGAAGGCCGUGGGUCUGUUAAGAGAACCCACUGGCAUGACCUCCAGAAGCAUGAAGCGCAUGCACAUACUUCUGGCUCUGCUGGGAGAGGAUCAAGGGGACAUAGGAGCCCGCUUCCAGGAGGUGCUGCUUGCAAGACUAGCAGCAGUCUUGGCUCAGAGGGAGGAACUGAUGCCACAACCUGGGGAGUGGGUCAACAUAGAAGCCAAGAAAAGCCAGUCUCUCCAGGAAGGAGGAACUUUAAGACAUACAUUGUGGCGUCGUCUGCAGUCCACCCUGACUCCACUUCUGGCUGGGUUUGUGGAGGUGUUGGAUAGGAACGCCAACCUGGACCUCCUCUUCUGUGCUGGGCUGAGCCCAGGACUGACACAGCUGUGGCUCAACAUUCUGGAAGACAAACAGAUUCUAGAUCUCGUCACUCCUCACAGUUCCAGUGGUAACGAUCAAGAGGUGCCGGUCCAACACGACUUACUGUUGGGUGCUCAGGGACGUCCUGGUGCUGCUCCCUUCAGUUGGCUAAUCAGAAUGAACUUCCACAGUCUGUUGGAGGAGUCAGAGUUUGUACCAGCAACCAAGGAGAAUAGCAGCUCUCAUCGGAUUCUGCAGUUUGUGAGCAGUGUCACCAACAGUAGGCUGGGCAGCUAUCUGCAGGCUCUCUCAGACCAGGAACAGUCCGAGUAUGGCCAUCGCUACCUCUGUGACUUCCUGCUUCUCUCCUUCAAGAUCAAGUCUGAGGAUGAGUUAAAGUUGUUCACAAAGGCAUUGCUGGGGUGCGUGGCUGACCUUCAGCAGAACAUGAACGUGACCCCUGACCUCUCCCCUGCCUGGGUCAUGGCUGCAGCCCGACACUACACCCCUCGACUUGACACACUCUCCCACAUCCUGCUGGCCCAGCCUCAUCUAGCCUCACAGAUCGUACAGCAGGGCUCAAAGACGGAGCCUUCAGAAAUGAGCGAGGACAUUUUGGCUCUUGGUAUCUGUGUAGAGAGGACCAAGCUCCAGGUUGUGAGCUCCUUUGAAGAAUGUAAAGCCUUCCUGUGCCAAGUGGAGCUCCUACAGCCGUGUCUAGAUCGAGCUUUUGGCCAGAAGUACAGAGCUGUCUGCAGCCCCAGCUGUCGCCAGCACUUGGACUCCAUCAGGUCGAUAUGGAGUGGGAUGCUUGUCGUGGCAGCGUUCAUCCAGCAGGUUAUGUUUGAGGCUAAACAGUGGGACACUAGAUUGGAGGAGCUGGCUCUCAAACACUGCAACCUUCUCCAAAACCUGAUGCAGGACUCUCCUGAUCUGAGGAGUGUGGACACACUACAGCAGCUCAUGCGUAUCCUCAACUCCUAUCAUGAGGAGUGCAUCAGCAAGGACCUACGGUUUGGCAUUCAUUGCCCAGUGUGCCUGUCUGAGCUCAAAGAUCCAUCCGUCUUGCCCUGUGAACACGUCUUCUGUCUAGCCUGUCUCCAGAGAAUCCUUCAGGCCGACAGGCAUUUCUGUCCCAAGUGCAGGGAAGACAUUCCACCUAACUUCCAGCCAAACACUUCUGAGAACAUCAAGGCAGCGCUGCAGCAGCAUGCAGAGGUCAGAAGCUGCUGCAACUCCUUCUUCCUGGAGGUGGUGUCCAGGUUCUGCCUGUCUGACGGGGAAAAGCCCGGAGAAGGAUUGAUAGAGCUGCUCUUCUCCCUGCUCAUCUUUGCACAGGGGGAUGUGUACAAGACUAGACAGCUCACUCCCUUCUUGGAGUGCGUCGACAACAGCCCAGUGGUCCGCUCCGUGCUGCCUAAACUCCUGCUACAGUACAGUUUUGAGCAGGUGAAGAGUCACAUCCAGUCCUACCUCCGGAACCUGGAGGAGAACAUCAUGAACCGUGAAGACCGGACUGAGCUUUACCUGCUCUUUGUCAACUGUUUCCAGGACUCCCUCCACUGUCCAGGAGGAGGGAGAGGGUUGGAGGAGGGCAGAGAUCAGCAGAAGAGCCUCCAAGAGGAGGCCAGGUUCUUGGGCAGGGUAGCCAGGAAGCAGACCCCCGGGCGGCAGGAAGACCCAGCAGAGUUUCUGCUGACCAUGGCUCGUCUGAGACUGUGCCUGGCCACGGCUGCCAGACUGCUACAAAGAGCCACGGCCCAGCCCCAGGUAGAUCCGGGUUGGCCUGGAGAGGUGGUGGAGUAUCUGGGGCAGGUCAAGGCAGUGUGUGACUACUGUGGCAACGACUGGUACAAAGUGUACCUGCUCCGAGCGCUCAACAAGCAGGCUGGGAUGGACUGUGUGCUGGGCGUGAUGAACACACCCCAGUGGGCAUGGGUGUCUCCACCAGAGGUCCUCAGACUGCAGCGAAUGAUUCCAGCGGAGGUGGACCGGUUCCUGUGCUGUGGGACGACGUACCGGGCACUGAGGGACGGGGUGGCCCUGGCCCUGCUGGGGAAAAGCCCAGAACCGCUCAUGACAGAACUGCAGAAACAUGGAGGUGUUACUCCCUCACCCUUGGUACACCUGGUGCUGGCCUUGUUCAGACAGGUCACCUGUCGCUUGGCAUCUCCAAACACAAACACACAUCCUGCUCCACAGGAAACAAAAAUGCUUGAGGACUUCCUGAAAAAGGUAGUGAAUACAGAAGAAGCCAGGGCGUUCUGCAUAUCGCUGCUAUCCAAUCGGAUUGGUGGGCUGAACUCCCCUGUUCGCAUCAGCCAGGAUUUAACCCCUCAGCAGCGCGCCCUGGUGGAGCUGCUGGUCCAUGCAGGUGCUGCGCUCCUCACUGGGAACCCGCUACUGGCUCCUCUACAGCAGAUCUCCUCCCAGCCUCAGAGUAUGACGGACUCCUUCCUGCCCACCAUGCCUGAUGAUCACACAAGUGAAGCUCAGCAGUGGAUGGUUGGACAGGGAAAGAUGCAGAUGUACUAUUGUAUCAACGGCCAUGCGUGUUUUGUUGGGGAGUGUGGUAAACCUGUGGCAACAUCAACAUGCGUUGAAUGUGGGGUGCCAGUGGGUGGCACGAAUCACAAACCGGUUCCUGGAUUCACCAUGGCUGCCUCCAGUCUAAAGGAUAGGACAAGGACCGGACACAUUCUGGGGGAUGCCAGGACAAGGACUGAAGUCCCAGAGAGAAACCUGUCACCUGCCCAGUCCAGAAUACUACGCUUGCUCACCCAUCUGGCCAUGUUCCAAGGAGCCGUCAAGAACCACCAGGGAGUCAGCAGGAUGAUACACCCGCAUGUGGGAGACGUCAGAGAGUUCCUGUGGAGGCACCUUGAGAAGGACAUGAACGUGCUGGGAAAGGCACUGGAUCAGAACUUGGACGACACCGCUGUUACGCUUCACCUGGUCCUGAACACUUGUCUGGAGUUCCCCACAGCUGCCUCUCGCCAUGCGAGGCCGGACCUGUCCUCCAGACGGGGCCGGGAGCAAUGGGAGAGGCUGGUCUGUGAGGCUGCCAUCAACCCAGUCAUCCAGCACCUGAGGGACAGGCUGACGGAGGCCCAGCAGCAGAUCAGUGCUGACGACAGGCUGGGGGGAAGCCCCCUGAUGAAUCUCCUCUACUCAGACCCCCGGCCCAUGCUGCCCCUGCCCUCAGACUGCCCCACGCACCACUCCUCCUUCUGGAGCCUUCCGGAGAGCAUGACCGUGGAGCGCUUCUCCCAGCUGGUCGGCCAGGCCCAGGAACGCACCACAGUGCCCCUGCUGGCGCUCUUCCUCAGGAAGGUGCAGUGUGUGAGGCAGCUACACCACCUUCCAGCGUUGGCAGCGUUGCAGUCUGACCUACUGCUCGUGUUUCCACCGUCAGCGGAUCUGACCAAGCAGACCAUUGCUCAGCUAAUGCAGCAGAUCCCAGCAGGUCCCCAGAAGAAAGGGUUGCUGGCCCGGGUGCAGAUCUUCACAGAGGUGUGGAACUCUCUCCGGAUGGAGGUGGCCAACAACUCAGAUCUGGGCGUCGCCAACCAGUUGUGUGAGAAGGAGCUGACGAUGGACAGCUCUGGGGAGUUUUUGUCGCCAUGCCGACACGGCCCAGGGUCCUGUCUGCAAGUCUUACUGGACUUCCUGUCCCAGACUCACAACAGCCUGGUCAGUGAGGCCCGGCGACUCAGUCGUCUAGACCAUGGUGACUACAGUGUUUCCCUGGAGGGAGUAUCAGAGACUCAGUUGACCCUGUGCCAUCCAGAGAGAGAGCUGCUGCCCCUAGUGUUAGCUCACUGCCACUACACCUUGAGGAAAGGCAGGGAGGCUGACUGCAGUUACAACCUGCAGGGUAUACAGGCUCAACUGGCACGCAGCCAUGUGAGUGGGAAGCCCCUUAUAAAAGCGGACACCUCGAAAUACUUAAAAAGACAUCUGCAAGACUUCUCAGUGGUUUUAACGGAGGUCAGAGAUAACAUUCCUCAGGAGCCUCUGAAGGGCUCGGUGAGCGGGGCCAUCAGAUCCGGCCUGCGCUCGUACACCGACGUGUGCGACGCUGUGUUCGCCGUGGAGAUCGGCCUGCGCUUCCUGGGGAAGAUGGGCGGGCCGCCUGGGGCCUCGCUCCUGACCUACCUCACAGACACCCUCAAGAUGGGCCCACAGAUCUCCGACAGUGUCAAGAAGGCCCUGGGGGAGAGCAGGCUGGGGCAGAGCCUCUUUACCUGGCAGCUACUCACCAGCUGGAAGUCUGAGCUCCUGCUGAACACUGGGCAGGACCCAUUUCAGAAACUCCCGCCCAAGUUCCAGGAGGAGCUGUCCGACGAGGAGAAGAGAGAGCUGGGGGUUUUCCUUGCCGUCACAGAUGUGGAGACCUUCUCCCUGGAGCUGCAUGAGAUUCUCCUGCUGAAGACCAACGGCAGCGCUGCGCAGGAAUCUUACCCACCACACUGGGAUAUUAGGUCCACUCUGGAGAACCAUCUGGACUUGAAGAGCCUUAAAGCCCUGCCUGGACUGGAAUCGCUACCGGAAAAGAUUACCCUUAACAAAGGAGCGAGUGCAUGGAGGAUUGCAGUACAGUUUAGAAAAAGAUGAUUUUGUUUAAUUUAGCUGGUUUUUUUAUAUGCUGAUGUUUUUUUUAAUCUGUUUUGUGAUGAUUUAAUUGCACAAGUUAACAAAGUCUUAUUAAUUGUAAAAGUCAUAUUAGAUAAGGGACCAAAUAAAAAUUUGAAAGAGAGGCAGCCUUAGGUUUUUUUCAACUGUGAACUUGAUUUAUUAUUUUAGUUUUAUGUAUAAUUAAGUAUUUUUAUUUUUGCAAAGAGCAAGAUUCAAAACAUUCUUAAAUUGAUUUCCCUUGAUGUCAAUGUAAUUGCUUCUGUGAUUGCUUGAAUAUUGGAAUAAUAUAAUAUUGGGAAAAACUA